CAUAUGUCUGACGCCAUAUAACCGUAAAUAAAAUGUGUUGAGUGCGUCGUUAAAUAAAACAUUUCUUUCUUUCAUUUCUUUCAGUGCGAGAACACAUUUGUAAACUUAAUCCCACUAGCAAACGGUUGAAACCACACGUGUAACAUGCGUGUGGUUUUUAGUUACAAUAAACUGAAUAGUAAUGUGAACUCGACGUUUUGUUAAAUUUGUUUAUAGACCAAUGACGUUUUGGCUCCAAUAAAAUAAUCCUGUUUUCGGAAGUUGUUUUCCAUCGCAAAAAGUGUGUGUGUGGGGGGGGUGGGGGAUGGGGAGAGAUAUUUGCAAGCUGGUCCCCCAAUCCAAAAAGUGGGGUGGGGUGGGGACAUGUCCUCUACCAAGCGACGCCCAUACCUUUGUCAGUUGUGGUGCACUGGUUGGAAUGAGAAAAUUUUUAUAAUUAUAGGCUGAAUGGAUUCACCGGAGGUGAUACGAUCCUGCGACAGUCACCUCAGGCUCAAGCGAGAACUCAACCGACUGAGCUAAAUCUCACCCCUCCAGCCCGUGCACCAUGACUGAAUCAAACGUAGAAUGUGUUAUUGGGUCCGCCUUGGAUUACAUGACUAUAUAAGAUCCCGUCGAUCUAAUUGAAAAAUGUAGCUUGUUUUCUCUUAAGACUAUUUAAUGUUAAAAUUAGCAAAUGUUUGACCAAUAUGUGCUAGUAGUGUCGUCAAACUAAUCAAACUUUAUGUACCAGAGUAACUAUAAUUAUAGUAAUACCUUGAAUAUGCGCCCCCCCCCCCAAAAAAAAAAAAUCCCCAUCCAAAUAUUCGACUAUUAUUUUUACAAUUUUUUAUUUAUUAUUAUUUUUAACAUUUUUUUUUUUUAUUUAGUUCUUUAUGUAUUUAGUGUUUUAUUUAUUUUAUUAUUUAGUUUUUUUGGCAAAAUCCAGUAAGGGUGACCAACAAGUUAACAUGUGACGUCACAAUUUGAAUCUGAAUUAUCGUUAUCUAAAAAGUGCUGAGGUGUCGUGAAAUAAAAUUUAAUAUUUCUUUCCUUUCCUUACAUUUGAUUAUUCUUGAUGCCUGGACCUACUCCCCCACCCAUGUACAUCCCCCCACUCACAAAGUCUCGGUGAGAACGAGAACAUAGCCUCGAUUGCUCUAGCCACUCGUUGGGAAUAAUUAACUAGACUUAACCCUUGUCCUUUUAAGCAAUUAAAAUAGUUCGCGUGAUUUACAAAAUCUAAAUAAAUAUAACAAAAUACACAAAAUGUUGAAUAAUAUCUUUAAAAACAAGUUGUAUUAGGUUUUAAGCAGUCAUAUAUAAAUCACUGAUAUUGCUAUGUUAUUUAGUUAAAAUAAAACAAAAUAACAUUAUUUUAAAGAAAGUAGUUUUUCAAAAUGGGUUCUUCUAUAAGACGCAGUCUGAACGAGACUACCAAUUGUCUUUACGUCACAGUUGAUACAAAAUGAUAUUGGAAGUGUAUUUCGAAGCUUUUGGAUUUACGUAUAUACUUUUAUAACAACUACUGAUAGUGAUACUACGACCUCUGAUAUGCCCGCAGCUAUCAUCGAGGAUCUGGCUGAAAGCAGAAAGAGUACACUAGCUUCUGGCUUGUCACGACUGAAGUUGACUCAAGAAAUUGCGUCGUCUUCUAAAGGAGUUCUGAGUGAUUUUGCUUUUAGAAAUUUAAAAACAAAACAUACUCAAGAAGAGAAUUAUCAAUCGAAGAAAAUUCAACCGAAUUUGACCAAGGGGAUUCCAAAAUGUGAUUCUCCCCAACAAUAUAGAGAUGUAUACAAGAGUAUGAGGAAGAGGCAUAAGUUUGAAGGUUCAGACACUCUUCCCAAACCAAAGGUGAUACUGUAUCCGGAAGAACGGAUUCGCCUAGAAUGGCGACGUGUUUCCAAGAUCGGAUCCGGUCUCGUGAACAUGGGAAACACCUGCUUUGUCAACUCAACCCUACAGUGUCUUACAUACACGGCCCCGCUAGUGAACUACUGUUUUUCUGAUGAACACAGCAACUCGUGUAAACAAGCUGGCUUUUGUAUGGUCUGUGAAUUACAGUGCCACAUUCGGAGGUGUUUUGCAGGUACAGGGCAUGCGAUUAGACCUCAAUCCAUCCUGCAAAAACUGAGACAAAUAGCUAAGCACAUGCAGUGGGGGCACCAAGAAGAUGCACACGAGUUCUUAAGAUAUCUAAUAGAUGGACUGCACAAGUCUUGUCUUAAUGGCCAGGCCAAACUUGACAAAUAUAGCAAGGAAACAACUGUGGUCAGCCAUAUUUUCGGUGGUUUUCUCCGGAGUCAAGUAAAGUGCCUCAGGUGCGGAGAAAGAUCGAAUACAUUUGAUCCUUUUAUGGACAUCAGCCUUGAGGUCAAGAAUGUGGCAACAUUGGAAAAAGCAUUCGAGAAAUUUGUUCAACCUGAAACUUUAGAAAGCGAAAAUGCGUAUAUGUGUUCUAGAUGUAAACAGAAAGUUUCGGCUGAAAAGCGACUUUCCGUCCACAAGCACCCCAAUGUUUUGACGAUUCAGCUCAAAAGAUUUGACUAUAAUCGUACGACAGGAAAGAUAACUAGACACAUCGAGUUUCCGGACAAGCUCAAUAUACGGCCAUAUUUAAGCCAAAGACAGGGAGAACCUGUACUGUACAGCCUGAACGCUGUUCUGGUCCAUUCAGGGCAGCAUUGCCAUUCCGGACACUAUUUUAGCUACGUGAAGUCGCCCAGUCAGCUGUGGUACUGCAUGAACGAUAGCAUGGUUCAACAGGUCAAACCAAGCCGUGUGUUUGAUUCCGAAGCAUAUCUUCUGUUUUAUACCAAGAUUUCAAAAUCAAGGAAUACCUUCAUUGGACCACAGGUCCCAGUUGAUCAUGCAGUUAACAACAUGCACAAGUCUGGUCAUGUUAACCACUCCAUGCAAAAUGGUAUUCGUAGUACAGAUGCGAGCCAUCCUGUCAAUAACAAUAUUACACACAUUGUUAGUAAAAAGCCACUACAGGAGAAACAGUCGUUUGGCUCGUUAGUUUCGGCAGGAAGUCCAAGUGGAGAUGUGGGCUGCCCUGUCGGCAAGAAGCGUAGUGCAACCUGUAUUGCCGACGGAACGACACUGACACCAAAUAAACGCCUCAAGGUGUUGAACGAAUGUGCAAAACCACGGAUUGUUGUUCACAUUAAAAAUGGUAAAGUGACCACUUUUGAAAGAAGUCGAGAUAAAUUGGUGAACGGCGAUUCGAAACCGCAUAUGCCUGGACUUGUACCAUAUGGUGACGAUUCUGAUUCUGAUCAUGAACGGCCCAACAAAGUGAAUGGGAACAACGGGGUCCCAGUUCAUAGGAAUGGAGACGACGUCAUUCAGAAUGGGACAGUUGUGUUUGAUAGUAAACUUAAUGCCACCACGUCUGUUCCGGGCAAUGCAAGCCUUCUAGGAAUACCCGAGAAAAAAAUCUCGCUGAAGUUUAGUGAAACUUAUAGACAAAGCGAUACGUGUGUGAUGCCAUCCAGCUCAAAGUCGAUGCCAAACUUAACGUGGCAUGUUAAGAAACUGGGGCCGAGUACCUCGGUCGGGACAUUGUCUAUCUCUACUACAGAGUGGCACGUCAACAAGGAAUGUAAACCAGCCGAGAUGACAAACCUUCCGGAGUCCACUUCUGCAGGACGGCUCAUUCCUUUACCCGGUGAACAGACUGUUGAUUCUAACAAUACCACAUCCAGUGAAUCUACACAAGUGGAUGUUGAAGUAAAAACACCAAAACUAAAACCAGAAGAAAGGUUCUUGGGUAGAUCUGCGAGUGAUUGUGUGAUAUCGAUGAGUAAUACAAACAUGACAGCUAGCGCUAGUGUGUUAUCUCUGGGACAUUCCGAGACGGACGAAUUGAUUAUAAAAGAAUCUGCGAAUAAAACCGACGUGUCUGCUGGAGAUACAAACGUGACAACCAGUGCCAGCAUGUUAUCUGUCGGACUUUCUGAGACUGAUGACCUGAUUUUAGAUAAAUCUGCAAGUAAAACCAACCUGUCUGCCAGAGAUACAAACGUGACAACUAGCACCAGUAUGUUAUCUGUGGGACUUCCUGAGGUGGACAAUACGAUUUUAAAAGAAUCUAUAAGUAAAACCAGCGUGAUGUCAGUUAGAGAUGUGACAAGCAGCACCAGUAUGUUAUCUCUGGAACUUUCUCAGAUGAUUUUAAAAGAAUCUGCAAGUAAAACUGACGUGUCUGCGGAUGAUACAGACGUGACAACUAGUGCCAGCAUGGUAUCUCUCGGACCUCCUGGUAUGGACGAUGUGAUUGUAGAUAACUUUGUGAGUAAAGCCUCCACAGUGAAUACCGAUAAUACAAAUGUGACAACUAGCGCUAGUAUGUUAUCUCUGGAACAUUCUGAGACAGACGGAGUUAUUGUUAAUAAAUCUGCAAGUAAAACCUGCACAGUUUCAACUGACAAUACAAAUGUAACAACUAGUGCUAGUAUGUUAUCUCUAGGACUUCCCGAAAGCAAUGAAAAGAUUUUAAAAGAAUCUGCGAGUAAUGCCAGCAUGGGGACUAUUCUAGAUACAAACGUGGCAUACAGCGCCAGCAUGUUAUCUCUGGGACCUUCCGAGUCACUGAUGGUGGUUAACAGUGGCACCAACAUAAACAGUUCCUGUUCCCUAAUGGAUACAACGGAAAAACGGUCAAAUGAUAAAUCUAAAAGAGAGCUUAAAAGGGAGAAAAAACUUAAGAAGAAGUCCAAACACCUGAUGGAACAGAGCGAUGAUCUGAUACAGUUCAUUGAAAAACAGAAAAAGAAGAAGAAGAAACAUAAACAUAAAAAAGACAAGGACCAUGCUGAAAGGAAACACCGACAUCAUAAAGAUGAUGAGUCUCAUGAUGAAGAAAUGAAACAUUAUGUCUGGGUAGAAAAAACAAAAGACUGCGAACUGAAGCCAGUGGCUGAACAUCAAUGGGAUCACCCCUCGGACCAGCACAAGGCUGUGAGAACGAUGUGGGAUGGCACAAAGUCUUCUAAAGUAGCUGAAGAGUUGGAGAAAAGCACAUCUUUUAAAGGAUAUGGCUCAUCCGUGCCAUCAUGGGAUGGUGGUCAAAACUACAUGGAUGUCGAUAUAAAGAAAGAUAUAGAGAAAGACGUGAUUAAGAUGAAGAGAAAAAGGGAUAAAUCCAAUAAUGAUAUAGAUUCUCCAAAGGUGAAGAAGGUGAAACGAACAUCGGAAAAUCAUGUCAACCACAAUCCAUUCCAGCGAAACCAAGAUGACCGACACAAAACCCAGAAGUCUGUUUCCGCAGAACACAUCAACGAGUGGAAACCUGCCAACCAUUCCCAGUCUUCUCAUUUCAAUCACGCACGUCACAGCAGCAGCUACCUCGACAACAGGAGACGAGACUCGACCAAUAAUAAGAGAAAAAACAGCUGGCAUUCGCCCAGCAGCAGCAGCAACAGACAUAGCAGCUAUCAUGGUGCUUUCAGCCACUACUGAUUUUAGUAUUGAAAAAAUGUAUGAAAGGUUUAAUUGUCAUUUAUUUAUUUUUCAAAUAGAGAAUUUAUUUUUUUCCUUGUAAGUAACCAGUUGCUCAACUCUUUUUUUUUUUUUUUUUUUUUUAAUUAUGUAACAAGACCCCAAAAUUGAGAUGGAUAAUGCAUUUGUGUUUAAAUUUUCCAACUUUUUUCAAAUACAUUAACAUAUUAUCUAGAAUUUUUAUAAAAUCCACUAGCCAUGGGAUCAGUGAUAUUUAAAUUUACUAGCCACGAUUAAAA